AUGGAAAACAGAAACGAAGAAGAAGAGCUCGACUUGCUUUUGGGCGAGAUCACGUUCGCCGAAUCCCCAAUUUUACGUGAUAACCGUUCCUAUCUCCUCCAUCAACAACUCCCUCGCCGCAACAAUUCAUCCGUAAAUGCAAUCCAAACCCUCACCGGUCCGUCUCUCGAGUCGGCCUUUGGUCGUCUCAAUCUUUCCACCGCCGCUUCUUCUCAACAGUCUUCUUUUCGUUCCAUUGUUCCCCGCGGUUACGAUGGUGUAAUCGGAAAUCCUAUGACAAAUUCAACCUCGAUCGGCCAGGGACUCCUGCAUUUGUCCUUUCAGCAGAUGCAACAAAAUACAAUCGAUUUGCAUCGAUUGAGACUUCAAGAUGCCGUUAUGGGGCAAACGACUGCGUUUAUGCGUGGUACCCCUACUCUCCGCGCUGAAACUUCCAACAGUUUCCCACUGAAUCGAUCCACUUCAACAUUUUUGAGUAGAGAAGGAGAAGUCAAGGCGGCUGCAUCAGUUACGUCAUUCGAAAAUGGAUAUAGGGAACCUUUUUAUAAUUGUUAUUCUAGGAAUCAAAGCUGCUUUAAGCUUAAAAGACCAUCUCCCAGAGAAUCCAUCAACUGUUUCCUGACCAGGCCCUGUUCUAACGGAAACGGGUUCCACCUAGACUCUGAAGCGCAUUGCGGAGGAGGAGUGAUAAAUGGGUCGUUGUUUGAAUCGGAGAAUUCAAAUGCAGACCAGAACCCAUAUUGUAAUCGCCAUUUUCAACAGUACUUAUCUUUGGAAGAAUUAAGGGGACAUAUAUUGGAGGUGGCCAAGGAUCAACGUGGGUGUCGAUUCUUGCAGAAGAAAUUUGAGGAGGGAAACGAAGAGGAUAUCAAGAUGAUCUUCUCGGAGGUUAAAGACCACGCAAACCAAUUAAUGGUGGAUCCAUUCGGGAAUUACCUCGUUCAGAAGCUUAUAGAAGUAUGCAAUGUAGAGCAGAGAACAGAAAUUCUUCACGCCGUUACCAGAGAGGAAUUCGAACUUGUUACUAUAUGCCUUAAUCCUUACGGAACUCGCGCAGUUCAGAAAUUGUUGGAGCAUCUCACUACUCCGCAGCAGAUUUCCCGCGUCAUGUCAGCUUUGAGGCGUGGUGCGGUCACUUUAACCAAUAACACAAAUGGCCAUCAUUAUCUUUUGAAUGCAGUAGCAGAUCACUCUGUUGAGAUUGCAACAGAUCGCAGUGGCUGUUGCGUAUUGCAGCAAUGUUUAGCACAUGCCAAGGGGGAACCUAGGGAGCGCCUUAUUGCUGAAAUUACUGAAAAUGCAUUGCUUCUAUCACAAGAUCCUUUUGGCAACUAUGUAGUGCAGUACAUACUGGAUAUGCAUAUACCAAAUGUUACGGAGAAUAUACUAAAUCAGCUUCAUGGAAGUUUUGUGUCCCUCUCUUUGCAAAAGUUUGGGAGCCAUGUGGUGGAGAAGUGUUUGAAGUAUUCAGGAGUAGAGCAAUCUACACGGAUUAUCAGGGAGUUGCUUAAUAGUCGUGACUUUUUUAUGCUUCCGCAGCAUGAAUAUGGAAACUAUGUUGUCCAGUCUGCCUUAAUGGUAUCCAAGGGGCAUAUCCGUUCAGCACUUAUUGCUAGUCUGGUUCAGAUGCAUUUUCCUUCCAUGUGUAGCAGUCCUUAUGGGAAAUGGAUCAUGCAAUGGAUCAACGCAAACAAGUAA